AUGCAGAGUGCCACGCUUAUCGUCGAUAAUGUCCCAAGUGGGGACCUAAAGGCAAGCCAGCAAAGGGCGGAAGUCACCAAAGUCGAUCAUUUUCCUGAGGGAAGGAAAGAUGUCCGUGGGAGUGCAAGGGAGGAGUCAACGAAGCGAAGCUAUGCCGUUCCAGAUGAGAUAGACGAAGAGGAUUUACAAGCAGAACUUGAAGCCCUUUCAUCCCCUGAUGCUGACGGGAAUUCGUACUUGGACGAUGUCGUCUCUCAACCGACGCAUUCCCAUUUCUACAAGCAAAACGGAGUUAUGCCCAAUCACGAUCGAAACGAUCCUGCAAGGGCUGUAGCAGCCACUGGAUCCUAA